AUAUAUAUAUAUAUAUAUACACACAUACGUUUUCCUCAGAAAACCCUAGCCUGAGACUUCUCUCCCUUUCACUUUUACUCCAGCCGCUCCAGCCGCCUGCUCCUCUCUUUUGCGCCGAUCUACCUGCGGCCGCUUGCUUCUAAAGGAUGGAAUCUCAGGUCAAACAUGCUGUCGUUGUCAAAGUUAUGGGUCGAACGGGAUCCAGAGGACAAGUGACCCAAGUAAGGGUCAAGUUUCUUGAUGAUCAGAACCGAUUCAUCAUGAGAAAUGUUAAGGGCCCAGUGAGGGAAGGCGAUAUUCUUACCCUGCUGGAGUCCGAGAGAGAAGCAAGAAGGCUGCGUUGAUGGGCUGUGUUGUCCCACCGGCCACCUCCUAUCCUCUGAGUUAUGUUGGCGGUGUUUCCGCUUUCUUCUAGUCGUAGCUAAAUGGCAUUGUCAGUGUCUUGUGUUGGUUUAUUUUUCUGGGUAUUGAGUAUAACAAGUUGAAUUUUGAGGUGGAAUACUUGUAUGGGAUGAUUAAAUCUUUUGUCUGAAAGACUAAGUUUGGUUUGAUUUAUCAAUUUAAGUUUAAUCGUCUUUUCAAUGUACUCAUUGCUUAAUGGUUAUUAAUCAAAAGAGAGGUGGAUUAGAUUAA